AUGCCUUCCCACGGUCAGUACACUGUUCAGAAGGUUACAUACCCAUCCCAUGGGGAAACAAUUGCUGGGGUCCUCUUCUAUCCCAAAAAUGCCACGAACCCGCCCGGCAUCGUCGUAACCGGCCCCUACUCCUUCGUAAAAGAGCAAGCACCGCUGCAAUACGCAACCCGUCUGGCAGACGAAGGCUACGCAGCCUUGAUCUUCGACCCUCGCACCGUCGGCGAGAGUACCGGCGAGCCCCGACGACAAGAAAAUCCGAAAAUGAAAAACGAAGAUAUGGUCGCCGGAUUGGACUACCUGGCAUCGCGCGGCGAUAUCGAUACAUCCCGGCUCUUCCUGGUCGGGAUCUGCCAGGGUGGGCCCGAGUCACUGGAUGUGGCAUCUUACGAUAACCGUGUUGUGGGUGUGGCCUCCGUCACGGGGUACUUUCGUGACCGAGAAACAGACAUUUACAUGAUCUGUGCUGGGUGCGUUGCGUGGAAGCCAGGGGCGGACAUCGGCUCUAUGAAAAUGCCCACCCUGAGCAGGGAGAGGCGCUAUACAAAGCACGACUUGAGCGAGCUCACAAAGCCCACGGGCGAAGUGGUGUACCAGCCGCUGGUCGAUCCGACGCCUGCUGAUCCGGAGACAGGGUCCCUGGCUGGCUUGCCUGGGCCAGUCAUUUGGUCCUGGUAUGGGCCGUGGACCCUGAAGAACUUUGAAAACCGGUACACAGUGAUGAGCGACGUGGAUCACUUCGAUUAUACCACCGUGCCGGGGGUGGCAAAACUAAACAAGCCGGCGCUGAUCAUCCAUGGGGAUAAUUGUAUGAAUCCGGCCUCUGCGAAGCGCCACUUUGAAUCGAUUCCCACGGGCCAGAAGAAGUUGAUCUGGAACAACGAGGUUUCGCAUUUUCAGCACUACGAUCAGCCGGAUGCGGUUGAUCGGAACGUGGGAGAUAUUGCGGCCUGGUUUGCUGAGGUCAAAUAA